ACUGACAAAAAAUUGAUUCAACGAGAAAAAAACCUUUUAGUAAAAUAAAUGUCAAUAAGUCAAAUCUAAGUCGUCAUGACAACGAGAGUUGCAAACUGAAUCUCAAAAAUUUACGUAUAAAUGGUGUUUAAAAAUGCCAUUUUUCGAUAUUUGGUCAGUAUUGCAAUGGUACCUACGACCGCUCAUCAAAUGGUUUUUGAGGAAAACCACACGUUUAUGUGAAUUGCAAAGAAUUUGUUACGGUGACCCAGCUGGUACCAAGAGAACAUGCAAUGUUGAGAAGUCGUUGAUGCUGUCGCGUACGAAAGACAUUAAAGAAGUUGUUUUGUACCUGGACGGUAUGGUGGCAGAGCGGAGAUUUGUUCCUGCUAAUUUCCGCGAGAUUUUGACCCCAUCAAUUGGAAUCAUUCUCAGGGUGAAGAAAAUCAAGCCUCAGAUUCAUGAAUCUUUUGUUAUAUCAUUCCGUCGUAGUUUGGAGCAAAUUUGGAGCUACAGACUUUUAAUGAAUGAUGUAGAAAUGCUGCGCGAAAUGCAAUUCAAUAGUGCUGACCUGGAACAUGAGGAAAAGCUAUUGAAAUUAUGGACCUUGCUGGUGCCUAACGAAAAUUUGAUAGGCCGAAUUACGAAGCAAUGGCAGUACAUUGGCUUCCAGGGUGAAGAUCCAAAAACAGACUUCCGUGGUAUGGGACUUCUUGGUUUAGAGAAUCUACUGUUUUUCGCAACUGAGUAUCCACAAGCCUCUAGCCACGUGUUGAGUCACUCUCAUCACCCAAAGUAUGGCUAUACAUUUGCAAUAGUUGGUAUCAAUUUAACUUCAAUGGCAUACUACUUAUUAAAGGAUGGGUCAGCCAAAACCUAUAUGUUUAAUGCUAAAAGACACUUGCCUGAUAUUAACUUAUUUCAUAGAUUUUAUUGCUAUUUAUUUUAUGAAUUUGAUAAGUUAUGGAUAGAAUCCAAACCACAGAACAUUAUGGAGUUCUCUAUGAUAUUUAAAAAGUUUGAAAAUGCAGUAAGAACAGAAUUAGCUGACCCUGCAUCAGUAUUUAGAAUAAACAUUGAAGUGGAUACUGUAUAAUUAGACAAUUAUUACUAUCUAUACACAGUGAUGGAAUUCAAGACCAAUGUUUAUGAAAUCGUGGUAGCCUAAUGGUUUGACCUACUACCUCUCAAGCAGAGGGUUGUGGGUUCAAAUCUGGGCUCGCACCUCUGAGUUUCUCGAAAUUUAAUUUGGAAUUUAACAUGAGCUUUUGGGUGAAGGUAAACAUCGUGACGAAACCUGCAUGUCGAAGAAGGUUCCCAACCCUCGGAAAAUGUGUUAAGUCCCCAACCUGCAUUGGGCCAGCAUGGUGGACUAUGGCCUAAACCCUCGUCUGGAAGGAGACUCGUGCCCACCAGUGAGACGUAUAAAAGGGUUGAUGAUGACAAUGUUUAUGAUGUUCAAAAAAUUGAAGAUGACACUUUGGCUGUGACGAUUGUUUACAUUUUUGGUCUCUUAAUUCUGUUGCUGAGUAUACAUAUAUGUAUAUAAUUUUGCAAAUAUAUCUGUUUGCUUUGGAAUUGAAUGUCAGGUCACUUGCAUUCAUAGGGUAAUAAUUAUAAUUUGUAAAGUGUGGAUUUUAGUGUUAAUUAUGUGUGAAUAGGAAAAGUAUUCUAAAUUAUAUUUAGAUAGCAUGGUAAUAACCAUGCAUAGAAUGCACAAGUUGAAGUUUGUUAUGUUUUUGUAAAAUUCUCUAUAGAAUAAUAAUAAUAAUAAAUAAUAAAUGACG